AGUAGUCAAGUUACUAGUUCCUGUUGCGCACAGUCCCUGCUCUUUCCCCGGAGUGCCGUCACUCCAGGGUCAGUGCGAAUCGUUAAACCGCAGGGUUGUAACCGUGUUGUUGUUGUUGUUUUGGCCCGAUCUUGCUUUUGCUUUGCGCUUUGGCGGAAAGGGAGUAGCAGCGCUUCCCAAGGCGCGCCGUGCGUCCUGGGGAGAAAAGCGCACGACCGGAGAGAAGCGGCCUCCCUCCUCCUCCUCCUCCUCCCCGCUUGCCGAGCGCCUCCCUCCGCCACUAGCGACGGGGCCCACCACCCCGGGGCGGGGGCGGAGUGUGGGGGCCGGCGGAGUUUGUUCCGGACGUGGGACCCGCCCCGCAGCGGCUCCCGUUGGCCAAAUAGGGAAGCGGAGCGGCCGGGAAUCGCCGCGCUUCGCUUCUCGGAGCGCCGAUUCGUAUCGUGCAGGGAGGAGGGCCCACCCCGGAUCUCAGCCAUCUUUCGAGGGGCGGCAGGGACGGUAGCCGGCGAUGGCAGAGGCAGGGCUGGGGGGCUUCUGAGUUCACCGAGCCGAUCCCCCCCCCCGACCAUGAUGAAUCCCAAGGAAGGCGCGGCGCCGCUGGAGAAAUACAAACUGGUGGUGGUCGGCGGAGGCGGCGUGGGCAAGAGCGCGCUCACCAUCCAAUUCAUCCAGGUAUGGAGAGCCCAAGGCGGGGAGAGCGGGGCCGGGUGGGCAGAUGGCGACAAAAAUAUAUAUUUAAAAACCUCCCCAAACUUUACCAUAUGUUUCCGCGCCGAAGUUCGCGUUCAGGUGACACAGGGCGGUGGUGAAAGCGAAACCUGAGCCAAGAUCCUGUGUUGUUGUUGAUGAGGAUGAUUUUUUUUUUUAAACUGGGAGGAAGUUUUGCCGCCUUUGCUGGGACGUUUUCCCUCCCCAAAGAGAAGCGUUAAGAGCGUGGCCGCCUGGCUUGAGCAAGUCCCGACUGCCGACGCUGUGUGCACGUUUACUCGGGAGUAAUCCCCGUGGAAGUUCGGUGGGGCUCCGAUCAAACGUGCGCAGGAACCCUGUCGCCUGAUUCCUCCUAGCGGCGGAGGCAGGGAUUUCUCCUAAGGUGGCCCUCUAGAUGUUGAUAGACUCCAGCUCCCAUCAUCCCUGACCGUUGGCCACGCUGGCUGGGGCUGAUGGGAGUUGUAGUCCCACAAAGUUUCUCAGUCCUGUUCUAAGCCGAUCCCGUCGCUGCCCCCCUCCCCAAAUAACCAGGAUCCACGGUGAGAGAGAAAAGGGCUUUGAUGUUUGCUGGUGAACUGGAAGGGCGAUUGGGGUUUGCUGCUGCUCAAUCCUGAGCAGCCCUAAAUUCUCCCUCUGGAGAGGCUGAGAUUGCGGUCCUCCUGAACCUCCCCUAUUGGGAACCAGGUGUUGAGGGGGGGGCAAGGGUGCCAGCUUGAAUAAAAUAUUGGCGAGGGGAGGCAGGUAAGCCCCAUCCCGCUUACAAGACAUGGCACAUGCACACUGUUUGAAAGGCAAUGCCAAUCAACUUUGGGGGGGCCCUCAAAUAUUUUAUUGGGGGACAAAGGGAGCUUGGCCCCCAGGAGGUUGGGGAAGGAGAGUUAUCCUUGGCAUGGAAUGGAAAGGUCCAAAUCAAGUGGAGAAAAAAGGGAGGUAGCAGGGACUGGGACCAUCAGCAUCACACCGUGCUUGUGAGCUUUCUAGAGGCAGCUGGCUCCUGUUGUAAACAAGGGCUGGGCUGGAUGGCAUUUCCAGCUAAAGGAUCUUGCAUGCGAGGGCUGGAAAGGGAUCUCUGCUCAGACCCUGGAGAGCCACUGUUCAAGCUGAUGUGCCCAGGCUAGGUGGACCAGGCAGUUUCAAAUGAUCAGAUGACCUUUGGCCCCGAUGCAUUAAAGCAAAGCUUGCAUUAUUUUAUAAAUUUGGAUCUGAUCCAGAAAGGCAAACCUGUUUAUAAUUUUUUUAAGAAUGCAGGGAAGGGAAGGACCAGAAUCCAAGGUUUGUGUAGCAGACUGCAGAGAUCCUUGCAAAUAAAGCCACAGACGUUAUUAGCAUGCUUCUGUUUCAUUUUAGUGGUCGGCUAAGAGAGUAAGAGACGCAGGUGGCGCUGUGGGUUAAACCACAGAGCCUAGGACUUGCCAAUCAGAAGGUCGGCGGUUCGAAUCCCCGCCAUGGGGUGAGCUCCCGUUGCUCAGUCCCUGCUCCUGCCAACCUAGCAGUUCGAAAGCACAUCAAAGUGCAAGUAGAUAAAUAGGUACCGCUCCGGCGGGAAGGUAAACGGCUUUUCCGUGUGCUGCUCUGGUUCGCCAGAAGCGGCUUAGUCAUGCUGGCCACAUGACCCGGAAGCUGUAUGCCGGCUCCCUCAGCCAAUAAAGCAAGAUGGGCACUGCAACCCCAAAGUCGGUCACGACCGGACCUAAUGGUGAGGGGUCCCUUUACCCUUUACCUUUAAGAGAGUAUAGAAUCAUAAAGUUAGAAGGGAUCACAAGAGACAUCUAGUCCAACCCCCUCCAAUGCAGGAAUUUUUCACCCAACAUGGGGCUUGAAACCACAACCCUGAGUUUAAGAGUCUCAUUCUCUAUCAGCUGAGCUAUCCCAUGACGACAAUGGAGGAGAGAAGUUCUCCUCCGCAGCCAACAUGGGGAAGAAAACCAGGCUACUAACUUCCUAGCGGGAUAGUUAAAAAAACGGCCUUUCACCAGAUCCAUCCCUCCAGCACCCUGCUUUAUCUGCUUGCUGGCCAGGGAGUAACAGAAAGCAAUCUCAUUCUCCUUAGCCAGCCCAUUCACUCGCCUGCAUGGAAUUCCUAGUCGCCUCUGGUGACCAAAUUACUGAUCUGAUGUCAAAGAGACCUGAAGGAACUCUUGUGCUGGAAAACUAUGGUUCUCAUGGGGAACACAGGAUCAAUACUGGGGGUAGGGUGUCCUGUUUUGCUCUUAUGGAGUAGCAAGGGUCUUCAAGUUCAGUUCUUUCUGUCAUCCUUAACAUCCUUCCUUCCUUUCUUCCUCCCCACCCCCCAGUCAUAUUUUGUCUCGGACUAUGACCCCACAAUUGAGGACUCGUACACAAAAAUCUGCAACAUCGAUGGCACCUCCACACGGCUGGAUAGUGAGUAUUACUGGGCUGGCGUCCUAUUCAGGUGAUGUGGAGGCUGCAUGCAAAUGUUUUGAGGGAGACAGAAGCUUGGGAGAACACGAUCCUUGCAUUCUGCAAUGGGCAGCAUCCUUCCUUAGCACUGCUUAUAAAGGGAUGGAGGGACAUCGAGUGUAUCAUGACCACAGCUUUGUGGGAUGGGGCUUUGUUAUGCUUUCCCCCAUUUCCAGUGUCCUCCAUCAGUGGUCAAAUGAGGGUGGGGUGACAUUCAGUUUGUGUGACAAACGGCUCCAUGAGAAGCAAAUUGAGGAAGGGAAAUUAGACAGAAAGUAUUGGGAGAGGAAAAUCACCCAACAACAAAGGGAUGAUUGGGAACAAUAUGAUGUGAAGUGCCAUAUUGAGAGAGCUCAGACAGGUAUAAUGUCCCAAGUGCUUUAUUGCAAAAAACUCGCAAGAAAGCUGUCCCUUCCUGAUGACUUCAUCUGAUGGGACAGAAGGGUAGCCCAUGCUACUACAUGGAGGGUUAAAGAUCUGGAAGCACUUAUUGGGUGUGGGGGAACCAUAAAGGAAUUUGGAACAACUGUUUUUUGUCAAAGGUGAAUAGGAGGUACAUGUUUAGUAGGGGUGCAUGUCAAUAUCAGAAGGACAUAGGAAUGAACGAAUGAAUUUUUAUUUGCAUCAGCCACCGGCCAUAGCAACAAAACAACAAUACAAUAUACAAAUAAUAAAUAUAAUGAUGUCAUAAUGCUUUUGGCCUGUUCUGCAAAUGUAGUGUAAUGAGGUGAUAAGAGUGGAGUGUACCACUUUGAACUCCAGGUGAAUGUUCCAAUUCUGCACUUAAAACCACACUGACAAUGACCCUAAACCAGGGGUCAGCAAACUUUUUCAGCAGGGGGCUGGUCCACUGUCCCUCAGACCUUGUGGGGGGCUGGACUAUAUUUUGGGGGGGAAAUGAACAAAUUCCUGUGCCCCACAAAUAACCCAGAGAUGCAUUUUAAAUAAAAGCACACAUUCUACUCAUGUAAAAGCACGCUGAUUCCUGGACCGUCCGCGGGCUGGAUUGAGAAGGCGAUUGGGCCAGAUCCAGCCCCCGGGCCUUCGUUUGCCUACCCAUGCCCUAAACUCUGUAAAUAGCAAAUUAACCCCACAAACUAGCGGUUUCUCCCUCAGCCGAUGGAGGGGGUGGUGCUGGUUGCUUCUUAUUUGCAGGGAAUAUUAUGUCUGUCUGUUUUGAUGUGGGAGAGCACAUGAAUGUAGGGCAGGGAUAGCCAACAUUGUGCCUUCCAAACAUUUGUUGGACAACUGAUCCCAAUACCUCUGGCCAUUGGCCCUCCUGGCUGGGCCUGAUGGGAAUUGGAGUCCGUCAUAUUUACCUGCCCCACACCUGACAUCAUCCAUGACGUUGGGUGUAGGAUAGGUGAGUAUGACUAGGCCUAGGCAUCAUCGCAGACCAAAUGGGGAGGCUUGCUGGACCCAAUCAGUCCCAGGGGGCCGUCUCUUGUUUCACACCCAUCACAUUUGGAAUGAUUCAGAUCUAAUCUGCUUCCCUUAUGAUUUCAGUUCUGGACACAGCUGGCCAGGAGGAGUUUGGGGCCAUGCGAGAGCAGUAUAUGCGUACUGGGGAAGGUUUCCUCCUUGUCUAUGCCAUCAAUGAUCGUGGCAGGUAAGACCCAAGCCAUGGUUACAUUAGAAGGUCCUGUCCUUUCAGUCCAGUGGUCAAAGGAUGGGGGGGGGAAAGAAGUUUCUGUGGGUUCUGAGUUGGGUUGGUGUGUUUUCUUCUGGUGCUUUUCGGAGGGGGUGUUUAAUUUGCAGUUGGUUUAGAAUGGUUGGCGCUUCGCUAGGACAGCAAGUUUUGAUAAUGCCAGGUACAACAAAAUAUCUCACUGUGCCUAAUUAAACAACUACAUUUACUUGAAUGAAAUAACUGUUGCCAGAAUGCUCAACAGGACUCUUAUUUGUAUAUUUAAAACAUGAUAUCCUGCAUUUCACCACGUAGAUCUCAAAAGCUGCUUAUAGCAAUAAAAUACCCAAUAUAUGAAAUUUAAUUACAGGUAGGUAGCCGUGUUGGUCUGCUGUAGUUGAAACAAAAUUUAAAAAUUCCUUCCAGUAGCACCUUAGAGACCAACUAAGUUAGUUAUUGGUAUGAGCUUUCUGAAGAAGUGUGCACACACACAAAAGCUCAUACCAAUAACUAACUUAGUUGGUCUCUAAGGUGCUACUGGAAGGAAUUUAAUUUACAUUAAUAAAACCUCAAUUAAUUAAGAGGUUAUAACAUGCACAUUUAAUCAUUUUUAAAAGAUGCAAAGAUCUAGUUUUGAAAUAAAACAGUUUUGCCAGUUAAUAGCUUACGUUACACACAUACUCUGCAGAAUAUUUUAUAUUGUUUAUCCUCACAACAUCAAAGCAGACUGUUCUAAUUUCCAUUUUAUAGCUGGGGAAACUGAGACUGAGAGUAACGUAUUCUAGUCAGUCCAGUAAGCUUACAGUUAAGGAUUUGACCCUGGGUUAGCCACACCUGAUGUUUCCAGUUCCCCUAACCUUAGUAGUUUUUAACCAAACUUAGAACAGUGUCCUUUUUAGGGAGCAUCUUACUGAAAAGUCUCACCUGUGUUCUUUGCUUCUCUGCCACAGUUUCAAUGAGAUCCACAAGUUUCACACACAGAUACUUCGAGUGAAAGACCGUGAUGACUUUCCCAUGAUCCUUGUGGGGAAUAAGGCUGACCUUGACCUUUAUCGGCAGGUGAGCCUUCCAUAGCAUUCAAUCACUUAUCGUGAUAUCAGUCUCUGCGUGGUGGGACUCUGGGCUGGUACAUGAGUUGAUAAUGUUUUGAACCCUCUCUCUGCAGUCUUAAUUUGGGAAACCCAUAUAGACCUGGGUAAGAAUUAAGAUAAAUGUGUAAUGCCUUGCUCUAGGGAGGCUUGGCAAGGCAUGAGCUUGAGAGACGAGGCCUUCUUUGUGGUGGCGCGACAACUCAUGAAUGCUUUCUCAGAUUUAUUUCAUCAGUCUCCCUCUGUGUUUUGUCAGAGAUGGGAUGCACUUCUAUUUUGAUGGGGGAUUUUGUGUGUGUUUCACACCAGUUUUAUCGUUGCUGGUUGUAAUGGAUAAUAGGGAGAAGGAACCAUCAGCCCUCCAUAUGUUGUUGGAUUGUAACUCCCAUCAUCUCUAGCUAUUGGCCAUGCUGGCAGGGGCUGAUGGGAACUGGAGUCCAAUAACAUGUGGAAGGCCACAGGUUAAGCCAUCUUUGAUUUAACAUCUUUUGCUGCUGCUACAUUUGUUUUUGCUCUGCUGCAAGUUCUGACUACAUGAUGCUAAGCCAAAACAUGGCUUAGGAUGAACGUGCAAGUGGGUGGACUUCUACAGGGAAAUGAUGACCACUUUGUACCUCCAGCACUCGUUCUCCUGUUGCCCUGAGUUGAGCCGUGAUUUGCCUUAGCAGCUCAUCCAAAUCUGGGCAACUAAUAAAUAUAAUACAGUGGUACCUUGGGUUACAGACGCUUCAGGUUACAGAUGCUUCAGGUUACAUACUCCGCUAACCCAGAAAUAGUACCUUGGGUUAAGAACUUUGCUUCAGGAUGAGAACAGAAACUGUGCGGCAGCAGCGGGAGGCCCCAUUAGCUAAAGUGGUACCUCAGGUUAAGAACAGUUUCAGGUUAAGAACGGACCUCCAGAACGAAUUAAGUUCUUAACCCAAGGUACCACUGUAAAGGACAAUAAAUAAAAUUGAAUAAUUGCCAUUCCCUGGCUGUUUUAUAUGGUGCGCAGGGAGCAGUGUUGUAUUUGACCCAGUUGGUCUCCAAAAUUAGGAGAGCUUGCCUGAGAGAAAAUUUAUCUUUGUGAGCAGCCAUGAGUGGGGAAGAUUUGGCUGCCACAAGGCACCCACGCCUUCUUACAUGCCCCUUCACUAUCUCCACAUUUCCCGUUCCCUUAAAAAAUGUGGGGCAGGGGUCACAAAUGAGGUGGAUGUGGGUUGCUGUGCAACCAAACAUUACAACUACCAAAUGGCAGCCGCCAUUUUGUUUUCUCCUUUUGCUCCCUCCCUCCCACCACCGCAGCUACACUCUUCCGUCAUGUAACGGUAUCCAUUGCUAUUUCUCAUCGCUGCUUACUUAUCCAGGUACCCAAGGAGGAGGCCCUCAGCUUUGCCCGGGAGAAUCGGAUCCCGUACAUGGAAGCCUCUGCCAAAAUCCGCCUCAAUGUGGAUGAAUCUUUCUAUGAGCUGGUCAGGGCCAUCAGGUAAGCGGACAGGUGACUUGCUGGACGUGCUGUUUCUUAACACGACUAAGUCGGUUGCUUUGAGACAAAAAUUUUUUUUGCAGGGGUGUCAAAUACAGUGGUACCUCGGAAGUCGAAUGGAAUCGGUUCCGGAAGUCUGUUUGACUUCCAAAAUGUUCGGAAACCAAGGCGUGGCUUUCGAUUGGCUGCAGGAAGCUCCUGCAGCCAAUCGGAAGCCGUGGAAGCCCCAUCACACGUUUGGGUUCCAAACAAUGUUUGCAAACUGGAACACUCCCUUCCAGGUUUGUGGCAUUUGGGAGCCAAAAUGUUCGACUCGCAAGGUGUUUGGGAUCCAAGGUACGACUAUAUAAUGAAUAAGUAAAUACAGUGGUACCUCGGGUUACAUACGCUUCAGGUUACAGACUCCACUAAUCCAGAAAUAGUGCUUCAGGUUAAGAACUUUGCUUCAGGGUGAGAACAGAAAUCGUGCUGUAGCGGCAGCAGGAGGCCCCAUUAGCUAAAGUGGUGCUUCAGGUUAAGAACAGUUUCAGGUUAAGUACGGACCUCCGGAACGAAUUAGGUACUUAACCCGAGGUACCACUGUAAUCAAAUUGGCUCCCCAAAGCCUGGGGGAAGCAGUUUCCUUUGAUAAUAACUUCAAUAUGGAGGCCAUUUGUGGCUGUACUGUAUUUCAUUAUUUACUUCAACCUGGUGCCCUCUAGAUGUUUCAGAUUAUUGGGUUGUCUUUGUUUUUGUUUUUAUUAUGUAUCCUGUGUUUUUAUUUUGUAAUUUAUGUUGUGAACAGUCCUGAGAUCAAUGGGUAUAGGGCCGUAUACAAAUUUAAUAAAUAAAUGAAAUACUACUACUGCUGAUAAUAAUAGACUACAGCUUCCAUCAGCCCCAGCCAACACAGCUUGGUGAAAGUUGAUUUACUUUUAUAUAUAUAUAACCCUAUGCCCUUAGCCUAGGGGUAAACAGGUUUGAGGCUUGUGGCAUCUACUUUUACUAGAUCCUCAAGAUCCACCAAUUAGAGUUUUGCUAAAUUUGGCCACUAAGUUCAGGGGUACCCAAUACGGUGUUAUUUUAGAUGUUAAGACUUUAACUCUCAUCAACCUUGACCAAAAGCCAUGGUGGCCUGGGCUGAUGGGAAUUAUAGUCCAACAACAACUGGAGGGCUGCCUGUGACCUAGUCAUAGAGUAAAAUUGUAGAGUUGGAAGGGUAUGUGAGGGUCAUCCAUCCCACCCCUGCAAUCUCAGAACUUAUGAGAAAAAUUAGCAUUUUCCUGAAAAUCUGAGCAGGUGAUAAGAGCUACGCUGCCUUAUUUUUGCUAUACAGUCAUACCUCGGGUUGACGUUGCUUCAGGUUGAGCGUUUUCGGGUUGUGCUCCGUGAUGACCCAGAAGUAACGGAAUGAGUUACUUCCGGGUUUUGCCGCAUGCGCAGACGCUCAAAAUGACAUCAUGCGCAGAAGCGGCGAAUCGCGACCUGUGCAUGCGCAGAUGUGGGUUGCGUUCUGCUCUGGAUGCGAACGGGGCUCCGGAACGGAUCCCGUUCGCAUCUAGAGGUACCACUGUAUUCUCUCUCUGCUUCCUGUCCCAAUUUUCACCUCUUUCCUCUUUCGAUUUGCAGGAGGUUUCAUGAGCUGGAAUCCCCCCCUGCCCCGGCUGUCAGCCCUAAGAAGAAAGAAAGCAAAGGCUGUCCUUGUUCCCUGCUGUAAACUGCCUUCCCACACCAAGCUACAAAGCCCGGAAAGGGAAGAAGAACUGCUCAGGUUCCCUCCUAAGGAGUGGACGCGGCAGGAUUUCUCCCUUAUCUCCACCUCCCCCCACCUCUCACCUCCCUCACCUAUGCAACAAGGGCUGGCAAUGUGUAUUCUGCAGUUGUGUCCAAAUACUACAAUAUGUCUGGCGCAGAGAGUUCCUGCAAACUGGAACAGGUCAGGAAGCAGAUAAAUCAUGUACCCACUCAACACCCACUAAAUAGGCAGGAAAUAGGUUAUAUACAUGAUGACUGGGACAAGGUGCGGGAAGAGCCUUCCUAUCCUGUUCCCCCACCUUUCUCUGUUAAGUCUUCAGAGAAAACUGGCAAGAAGGGGAAUCUCUUACACCAGGGGAUAGGAGUAGAGGCGGACUUGGGGCUUUCAGAGAUGCCAAAAUUUGGUGCCAUGCCCCCCGCCCCAUAUCCCAGUGCGGGUGAACUGGUCACGCUUCUCUAAAUCUGCCUGUGGUAGAAGGCAGAGCAAUUUGAGAAAUGUGCGUUCAUGGGUUUAAAUCUGGAAAGAAUAGGAUAGUCUGGUUUUAGGAUGGGUGAGAGAGUGGGCAGGAAAACGAGGCGCUCACUCUUCAAUGCAGCCAGAGCCAGCAAGCUUUUUGCACAUACACACUUUUAUGUACAUGUUCAAAGCCGUAUUGUACAAAUGCAUUUAAAGGGGUGUUAUCUAUUUUUUAAAAAAUCACAGCCAUCAUUAUGCACAGCACAUGUUUAAUAGGAACGGUCAAUAAAAAUUAAGCAAGGAAUUUUUUUUUGGCAACCUUCCAGCGGCUUUGGACUACAACUCCCAUGAGCCCCAGCCAGAACACAUCCUAGCAGGGGCUGAUGGGAGUUGUAGUCCAAAACAAAAAUAGGUUAGCAGCAUCGCAUUAAAGUAGGGGACCCAAAGAAGCAAUCUUUUUUUAAAAAAAAGAUCAAGUUUUGUGGGGAGGGUGACCCCCCCCCACAAAAACCGUCUGGGACAGAGGGUUGAAUGAACCCCAAGGGCUAUCUACCCAUUUAAGAUCCUCUACCUGCCACCUAAAGAGCAAAUGGGCAUAAUGAAAUUAAAUCCUGCCCAAAUGCAAGGCAUCUCCCCCCGCAAGCAGUUAAGGGAUGUGUGUGAAGGUCACUUCUGCCAAUUCCGCUGCCAUCCUGCUGCAGAUCAUUCCAGCCUGUUAAACACCAAAGAGUUACCACCUAUUCAAGCACCAUCAUCUUGUGGCACUUUAAAUACGAACAGAUUUAUUAUGGCAUAAGCCAUCCUUGAAUGGAGUCCGCAUUGUCAGCUGUAGGAAGUCUUCUCUGUUGGCAAUUAUAUGUAAUCUACACAUACACAUGGUACAGAGGGGUGGUUCUUUUUUGCAAACAGUGGGGCCAAAGGGCCACGAAAUGUUAGGGUAGGAAGCUGUGAAAUUCUCACAUACCCAGAAGUGGUUUUGAAUAAAAGGGAGUCAUUCCCAAAUCAGUGUGUGUUGCUGUUUGUGGUGGCGGCACAAAAUUGGGCGGGUCAGGAAGCAGGCAGCACUGAGUAGGCUAUGGAGACAUUCAGGCUAUAAUCCGAUACACACUUACCUGAGAAACAAGUUCUCCUUGAACUCAGUGGAACUUUCUUCCAAGUAGACAUUCAUGGGACUGCAUUCAGUGUGGUCUCUUGGAUAUGGUCCAUCCACAUUUAAAGGGUGAGCAGGCUGCCUUGGGAGUCUCAGGAUGUAGCCCGUGGAGCAGGAAUGGGGAAUUGGUGGCUCUCCAAACACAUGAGAUCCAGCUCACACCAACCGUGGCAAAAAUGGCUAACUGUGAGGUGCGAUGGGCGCUCGGGUCAACAGGACUUUAGUGACCAGCAUAGGUGCUCAAGGUGAUCUAUCCAUGAUCAACCUACACCUGAGGGAUGGAGGACAGACAAAAGGAAGUCCUUCACAGGGCACACCACUGAACUAUGGCAUUUGGGUGGCUUUAAGAGAGGAUUGGACAAAUUCAUGGGUGGGCCCUAAAACACCUGUAACUUAAAACUUAAUGGAAAGACUGACCCAUAUCCUCAGGCAACAGUGUUUUGAGUCUCAACUUCUUCUGUAUUCUAAUUCCUGAAGAAAAGAAAGGUAUUUGUACUGCAAAUAAAAUCAAACUCGGGGCAGGUACUGGUGGGGCUGUCCUUUGUUGCGAUCUUUCUUUCAGAAGUCAAGAAAACUGAAUACUGGGUUAAAGCAGGGACACAAUGACUAGACUUUUGGAGAUUUGGGGUGGAAAAACCUAUCUGGAGCAAGGAAUGGGGUUUCCAAAGUCUAAACCAGUUUCCCAAACUUGGGUCUCCAACUAUUUCUGGAUUACAGUUCCCAAUAUCCCUGACCACUGGUCCUGCUAGCUAGGGAUGAUGCGAGUUGUAGUCCAAAAACAGCUGGAGACCUGAGUUUGGGAAACCCUGGUCUAAACGGACUUAGAUUGCUUUAUUUAAGCCAGCGGUUGUGCAUUUGUUAGGCAGACACCGAACCAAAAUGGGGGACCUCGGUGGGGGACAAACCUCUAGGACAUGGGAAAUUUUUGGCCCUCCAGGUGUUGCUGAACUACAACUCUCAGCUGCACCAAGGAGUUGUAGUACAGCAACAUCUGGGUGGCCAAAGGUCCUGCUCUCUGGCAACACCUGCUCUAGAAUUAGGAAGCCAGGUCUCCUGGAUGUGUCUCAUUGUCCAAACUGCUCACUGCAAAUGAACUCUCCCUUGCCACCCCAAAAAUAAGGAAUAAAGCUGUACAGCAGGCAUUUGAUUUUUGCAAAGAAAAGUGUUUUUUGUCAUUUUGUUUGUGUACACAGUAUACAAUGUGAGUUUUACAUAUUGAGAGAAAAAAACGUCUCAGACACUAAUAAUAAACAAUAAAAAUAUAUAGGAACAUCCAAUAAUACAGAACACAAAUCCCAUUAUCUCAGAACAAUACCCUUGAGGCGCGAACAAGAUACACAGAAAUACACAUCGUAAAAAAGGGGGCCUUCCAAGAUCCAAAUUUGGGGCGGGUGGGGGAGGAGGAGAAGUCUUUUCGUCACAGGAAGCUGUGGGGUGUGUUUGUGUGUGUGCGCACACACAUUCUUAAACAACUCUGAGCUGGGCCCUUCCAAUUCUGGUGCACAGGGUUUGGGCUGCUUGGCCCCUCCGUCCAGGGGGCAAACGCCUUAGCAAAAUUUUGCAUGAAAUUGAUGGUGCGAGUCUGUCGUUCCAGGAGGUAUCGAGGCUCUGAAUGUCCCUUGAAAACAAACCACGUGUAUGUCCCCCCAUCCCUUCGUUUCCCAAACCCCAUGUUCAACUUACUAACCCCACCUCCACACACAGGUUCAAGCUACAGUCCGUCGCCUCUAAGGCCCAACAGCUAUCAGUAAACCGGGUUUGCGAGGGAAAAAGCUGUUAAAAACUAAAUUGCAAGCUUUUAAAAUACCCAAAAGGAAGCCAGUCAACCCUCUUCCCCCCUUUAAAAACACUCCAUUCUGAGUGGAGCUCAUGUACACGCAAGUUCCACCCCCCUCCAUGCACUCUCACAAUCACACUUGCCAACCUCUACUCAUCCACAAUAAAUAAUUAAGGGGAAGGGGUAGGAUCCAGGGGGAUGUGGAGAGUUGUGUAUAUAUAAGGGACCCUGAUCUAACACAGCCAGAUGGGCCCCCAACACAUUUCUGUGCUGUCCAGAAACUUAACUGAAGAAGCUCCGCUGGGGCAAUGGGACCAACCCCUCUUCUGAGGUGGGAUCUGUUUUUUUAAAUUUUUAAUUAAAUUUUCCAACAUACAUUUAUAGUAUCCAAUCUAAAUUUAUCACAUAUUUUCUCUUUUAGACUUCCUUCAACCUCUCUGACAAUCAUCCAUUAUUCAAGGUGGGAUCUGUUUUCUCCUCCACCCUAGAGUACCUUUUUUGCACUUCCUCCAUGAGAAGUGUGUGGGAACCAUGAUUAAAAAAAAUAAAUCAAACCGGUGGGUGGGUGCUUUCAGCACCCCCUGCAAUGCUGGAAUAUGCAGCUGCCCCAUAUGGGGAUCAAACCUGCAACCUUUUGACGGUAGAGAAAAGCAAAGAAGAAACAAAAACUGAACCGUGGGGAGACUGGGCUGGUACAGAGAAAUCAGAAGUAGUCUCGGGGAGUGGGAAUGAGGUAGACGUUGGUUGGGGGGGGGAAUCUGAUCUAGCAGGGGAAUCUACGUGGAGAUGUGAGAUGGAUCUGGGAGGUCACUAGGAAAACCCAAAGGAGAAAACAUGCCAAGGUGGCUAACUGGCUGGGCUAUGGGUGUGUUUGGGUGAUAUAUGAGAGAGGCUGGCUGAAUGACCGGGCUGGGCUGCAAGCGGAAAGUGUGUGAAACAGGGCAAGGACCUAAUUGUCUAUCUAAAGAGAGUUUAUUUUAGCAUUUCAGCUCAGGGUUAGAGAGGGAUCUUUGCUUAGGAGGCUGCGGGGUGAGGGACACAGAAUCUCCCUUCCCCCUCAAUAACAACAACAACAAUAAUGGUGAUUAAAAAUAAUAAUAAUAACGACCUCCUAAUGAAAAGUUUCAGUCCAAACCAAAUAACGUCACAGCUACAGGUGAGGAGAGAGAGAAAGAGAGAGAGAGAAACUCCUGCGUAUCGUUAAGUUCAAGUUAGUCAAAUACAAUAUGAUACAUAGACUUUUUAUCCUAUACAGUAUAUACAGCUGAGGGGAGGGAUGGGGAGCAGAAUCCUGCCUUGUCAAACACCACGAGGAAGGGGGUGGAAGGGAAUUGUCCUUUCCUCAAAGGAGCUCAGUUCUAAGAAAAGCACAGAGGGACAUAACUACGGCCUAGUGCACCCCUUUCCGUGAUCCGUGUGAGGGCCAGUUGAGAAAGUCUGAACAGUCUUUUUUUUUAAUGGGGGAAAGUGAUAGGGAUGGGAAGGAGAGAGAUUUAGGGAGCCUUGAUACAGACGGGUUGCUAUGGGUAUCGCUUUGCCCCCCCCCCAUUUAUGGUUACCUAUUCAGAAGGGUUAUGGGUGGAGAGAUGCUCCACAUGUCCCAAAGAGCUAGAACCCCAAACUCAGCGGGCAAAAAGAAAAGAAGGGGGGGAGAGUGGCUCGUGGCAGGUCCACCAGCAGCAAUCGCCCCCACGGAAAUGACUGAGUGAAGAAGGAAGGUGCUCCAGAGACGGCCUGUGGGAGUGGGUUGGGAGGUGGCUCUUUGCAACCGUUUGGUUGGGAAGGGGCAACUUGGCAAUAAAUAUUCCUGUUGGAAGCAAUAACAGAGGCAAUCGCUGUGAGUGUGUGAGUGGAGUGCCUCUCCCCAGCCUCAACUCAAAGCAACAGUUUAUUUGGCAGAGAUGGGAUGAGAGUUGUCUGCGGGCAGGGAGAGGAAGUGGGGUCUCAUUGCCUGGUCAGACUGUGGUUAAAAGGAUCUGGGCACUGUGCUAAAUACACCCCUUGCCACACACACACUCGGCUUUCCCUAGGGAGAAGCAGAAGUUCCUGAUGGACAAGAAGCAGGACGGUACCCUGGACCCUCUUGUGUUUAUUCACGCUGCCCGCCAAAACACACGCGUCCCCAUUCCCACCCCGUCACCCCAAUGAAACCUACGGCUCCUGGAUCCCAUCCCCACAAGCUCCAGAUCCCGGCACCAACACUCCUCUGACCUUCCUAUGGGGGUCCUCCUACUCUCAGUCCCCACCAGAGCAGGGGGCGAGGCUGCUCCAAUUAGACAUUUAUACAUUUAUAUAUAAAUAAUAUUUCUCUGUACAGCCAGGGCAAAGGGGAAAGGGGGCUGUCCAGCCAUCCGCUCCUUUUGAUGAGAACCCUCCUCAACGUGUGCUCUCUGCCAUCACAAACCUCCCGCGCACCCCACCACCAAAAAUAAAAAUAAAGAGGCGCAUCCCAGGUCCUGGUUUUUUAAAAAAGAAAAGAAAACCUGAAAAGGGAAGGGGUGGUGGUGGUGGUGAUGGCGAUGGUAAGCUGAGUCUGAACUCGUUGCCUGUGAUGGUACCCCUCGACCUUCCUCUCCCCACUUCCUGCUCUGGCUCUGCAGAGGGGCGGGCGUUAGGUGGCCCCUCCCGGGGCGUGGCUCCGGCGGCUGCGUCACGCACAUUUGCUCUGUGCCUGAGUCAGCAACUCGCUGAAGGAGUCAAACAGUUUCUCCAGCCACGGCUGGUUGCGCAUGCACUGCUGCACCACUUCUUCCUGGCCCAGGUCCUCGUCCUGACCCUCGAUCGCCGUUGUCU